GUAACCAGGAGCUCGAUGCUUGACUGGCCACAACGAUUUAAUAUUAUACAAGGGUUGGCUCGAGGUAUUCUAUAUCUACAUCAAGAUUCCCGCCUCCAAAUCAUCCACAGAGAUCUUAAGGCAGGUAAUAUUCUUUUGGAUGGAGACAUGAACCCCAAAAUCUCCGACUUCGGCCUUGCUAGAAAGUUUGUAGGAUCCGAUACUGCCACUAAGACAAAAAAAGUAGUGGGAACAUAUGGUUAUAUUUCUCCAGAAUACGCUAUACAUGGAAGAUUUUCUAUAAAGUCUGAUGUAUAUAGUUUUGGAGUUUUGGUGUUGGAGAUCGUGAGUGGUAGGAAAAACAGAGAAUUCUCUCAUGAUGAUCGCAAUGACAACCUUCUUGGACAUGCAUGGAGACUUUAUAAACAAGGCAGAUCCAUUGAACUUAUGUGUGCAUCUUUAGAUACCUCUUGCGUCAUCCCGGAAGUACUAAGAUCAAUACAUGUUGCAUUAUUAUGUGUGCAAAACCAUGCAAAAGAUAGGCCAACGAUGUUAACAGUGGUUUUAAUGCUGGUCAGUGAGAGUGUGUUGCCUCAACCUAAACAACCAGCUUUUUACUCUGAGGAGACCAGUAGUGAACUUGAGUCUGUUCCAUCAGUUGAUGGUUCCAUGAUAACACAUUUAUACGCCCGAUAGCAAACAAGUGAUGCUAUCAGAUGUA